AUGGAAGCGCAUGCUGUCUUACGUUCAAAAAUCGAAUGUUUAGAACCGUUCGUAAUAUCUGGAUGUAUUAGUGAUUGGAAAGCGGUUGGAUGGACACAUCAACGAUUAGCGGAAAUUGUAAAACCUACAGAAAGAAACGGAUUUUUAAGGAUACGAUUAGGUCCGAAAGAACAUGUAAGAGGAAAAAUUAUAUUCGAAAAUGAAUCAAAAAUGGCAUACGUCUCCAGUCUGGAACAAUUCUUUAAAUGGUUCAGUGGUGAAGCAAUAAUGAAGGCAGACGAUCAGGAAAUAGUAGAUAGAGCAAAUCAUUGGGGAUAUUUCGAUUACAAUUAUGUUUUCGAUAUUAUGGAUCCGGAAAAUAUCGACGAUAUCAAUUGGCAGCAUCUUGGAUUGGAUAUCAGUCCUGUUGACUCGACCAUUUGGAUUGGAACACCAGGAGCUUACACUCCGUGUCAUUAUGAUUCAUAUGGUUAUAAUGUGCAUGCUCAACUUUCUGGAUCAAAACGAUGGAUUCUGUUUGGGCCAAGCGAAGAUAUGAAACCAGUUCGAAUUCCAUAUGAAGAAUCCACUGUUUUCAGUAGUUUGGAUGUCAUUGGUGCUGAUAAUUCAUUGCAAGGAAAGAAGAUAAGAAUGGCUAUCCUGAAAAAGGGUGAUGUGAUAUUUGUACCUCCUGGUUGGUGGCACUGUGUUCAAUGUAUCGGUGUCAAUGAUAAUGAACAUGAUCUGAAUAAUAUCAGUGUUUCCGUAAAUACGUGGAUACCAUUGGUUGAUUACGACCGAAUUCCUCGUUUACAAGAAGCCGCUACGUCUACUAUGGUUGCCAUUCUUAUUCGGUCCGGUUUAAUUAGUUCGAAACAAAUUUGUCCAUCAGAAACAGUGGGAUGCUAUGAUGAUUCACUGUGUGAUUUUGAGAAAUUAUUGAAGGAAGCGAAAAAUGAGGCGGCAAAUGAUGAAAGUUUACAUCGUUUGAUGGAUUUUAUAGAAAAACAGAAAAAAAGGAUGACAGUUUUACCAACUGUUUUGUUUGAUGUUUUCCGCGCUGAACAAGAGAAAGGUCCUUUGAAAAUUGUGGAUUCAUCAGAUAACUCUUUGUAUCCUGCCAAUCUUACUGCUUCAUCGUCAAGUAUAACCUCAUUUCAAAAAUAUUUCAUUGAUUCUUUGUUGUCAGAAAAAGUUCUGACAACAUUAAUAGCGCAGUUACAGGGAUGGAUUUAA